GAAACAUGCUGGUGUGUCUUGUGUGACGGCAUCUAUGGAUGACAUACAGUUUGAAGAGACUGCCAGGGUUGGACAAGUUAUUACCAUCAAAGCAAAAGUGAACAGAGCAUUCAGUACCAGCAUGGAGGUUGGCAUCAAGGUUACAGUACAGGAUAUGUUGGCUAAUGUAGAAAAACUUGUGAGUGUGGCAUAUGCAACAUACGUAGCCAAACCAGUUGGCGGUAUAAAGAUUGAAUUGAAACCGGUAACUCUUCUGUCUAGACAAGAUCACCUGGAGCAUAGCCUGGCUACUGAGAGAAGGAGAAUCCGCCUGGACUAUGAGGAAGUCUUUCAGAAUCUGAUGCAGGAAAGCAAUAAGGAAGAUGGUUGCUGUGAUACUCUUAAAGAGGAAGAUGCGGUUUCAACUGAGCUUACUCACGUGCAGAGUAUUGAGCUUGUCUUGCCUCCUCAUGCAAACCAUCAUGAAAAUGCUUUUGGUGGCCAGAUCAUGGCUUGGGUGGGGACGGGGGGGUGCAUUUCAGCAAGCCGUCUUUGCCGUUCGUAUCCCGUCUUGAAAUCGGUCGAUAUGUUUAAGUUCCGGGGACCAUCCGUUGUUGGUGACCGCCUAGUCUUCAAUGCAAUUGUGAACAACACAUUUCAGAAUAGUGUGGAGGUUGGUGUCCGUGUUGAGGCUUAUAACUGUGAAGAAUGAAUCAAGGACCAAGCACAGCAUAUUAACAGUGCUUUUCUCAUUUUUCAUGCUGUAAAUGACAAAGGAGAGCUGCUCACCUUCCCCAGAGUUAAACCUACUACAAAGGAUGGCAUGAGGCGGUAUCGUGGGGCUAUUGCACGAAGGAGAAUUCGACUUGCCAGAAAAUGUAUGCUUUCUGCUAAGGAAGUCAUGCCUUCUGAUCUUUGGGAUAGAAGCAACCAGGCAUAUUUGAGUUACAGCAAUAUAGCCACGCUGGCACGCCUGGCAGCAAAACCUGGAUGGGAAAUAACUAGUACCCUGGAUAAUAUAAAAAUAUGGACUCAUGAGGAGGGUGAUGUCUUGUCACUCAAAGUAGAAAUGCAAGUGAAAGUACCAUCAGAUGUUGCUUUCUCCCUUCUGUCUGACUUCACACGCCGCCAGCAGUGGGACAAACAUUACUUAACUUGUGAAGUGCUACAGGCUUUAAAUGAAGAUGAGAAAAUUUAUUACAUAACAUCUCCACCCGUGACUGGUGGUAAACCUAAUGACUUUGUGGUUCUUGUGUCUCGAAGGCAACCCUCUAAACCCAGUGAACCCUUCGUAGUAGCUGUGAAGUCAGUUACCCUGGCAUCCAUGCCACCUUCCUCAGAGUACUGCAGGACUGAAGUCCUUUGCGCUGGAUUCCAGAUCUACAGUGAGAGCAGCAGCUCGUGCACGGUGUGUUACUUCAAUCAAGUGACAUCAGCUAUUCUGGCUCACUUGGCUGCAAAUCUGACUGGCUCAUCAAAAUCCAUAGAGGAGACUGCGAUAGCGUGUAUGAAGUUCUUGGAGCUGGAAGGCAGCAAGGACUGAAGUGUGGAGUCCUCUUCAGAAAUUUGUUUGUGAGAGAUCAGGUGGUAC